GUGAGACGCAGGGUUCCUGGGGCAGGUUAUCAAAGUUCAACAUCUCAGCUAAGGAGCAGGAGUUCUAACAGCGCUACAGUACAGUAGACAGUGCUGUGUCUGCAAAGGACAUACCAGAUAGUUAUGGUAAUGUAGACCCAGAGAUGAAACCUUUCUGGCACUUGGCGCGGGUGGCAGCUAGCUUCAUCAUGCUGAACGAGUCCAAUGAGAAAACGCUGUAUAACAUGGCUCAAGUGGCCAAGAUCACACAGCUGGAGACUCAAGAUGACCAGCUGAGGUUUGAGUAUGAGGUUCUCCUUCACGACAUGGUUUCUCAGGAAAUUAUUCGCGGGAAGCUGCUGGUCUCCUGGUCUCCAGCAGUGGGCGUGAAAGUGUUAGAGACUUAACUGCUGCCACGAUACUACUGAAAACCUCCCAACUCAGUGAUGCCAGCUUGUUCAGUCCCAAGAUCAAAUCCACUAACCUCACCAAACUGUAUCUUUGAACAAAUGGCAUGAUGCCUCCUGUAAAAAAGUUUUUGAUGUGUUGGGGGGUGUUGGGUUGCCUCCAUUGUUAAAAGAGCGUCGCCAAAGUGGUCUGUAGAGUGACCUAAACAAGAACUCCAGUUUAUGAGGUGCCUGGCCACUUCCUACUUUUCCCGUUGUGUCAAAACUGGAAAACAGCAGAGGGCGCCCGUGAGCGAGUCCUCAAUUAAUACAUGCAUAAGAUGAAUGCAUUCAUUUCCUGAAGACAGAACAGCAUGAAAUAUUUUAACACUGCAGUUAUUUCUGCUUUUGAACUCGAGUUGUAGUUUAAAACAGUCUAGGGCUGCUACCAAAUGCUAUUUUAUGCAUAUGCUAUGUAUGUUAUGCAUUUUAAAGAACUUGUGAACUUUUUUUUUCCCCAAUGAGGACUGCGGCUAACCAGCUGACCCAAAAUAUUUGUUUUGCUUGUUUAUCUAAUUUAAG